AUCAUGUCUGUAAACUCUCCGCGUCCCAUGCUAAAACUAGCGGAAGAUAUUCAGCUGACUCAGUCUCCUCUCUCCGUCUCUCUUUAAUUUCUUGUAACCAUUUCACCUCUCACCAGGGUUUUCCUCAAACUCUCUCUUCCUCCUGCCCCUGCUCCUCCUCUUCUUCUUGCGGCGUCUUUAUGCCGACGCCGCAACUCCCUUUCUACCCGAAAAUCCUCACAAAACUUAUAAGCAAGCAAUGAGAACAAAAUCAUCAGGAAUAUUGAGAUUUGCAUGGCAACAUGCAUGGCCUUUUUCCGUAACAUUUUUCAUGCUAUUUGUGUUGUUUUAUAGAGUUGAGGUUUGUCAUGGACAAGACUACGAUGACACCGUGCCUUCGGCUCCACCUCCCGAGCAGGACAACUGCAAUGGGAUCUUCCUCUCGUACACCUUCAUUUCCCGCAAGAAGGAAUUCCCGCACUUGAAGAACGCGAGCGCACAGGCGUGGGCGUUUAAGUCCAUAGCCACUAUAUUGAAUGCCGGGGAGGAGGAGCUCCAGGCGUGGCAGAUGUUCAUAGGAUUUCAGCACAAGGAGUUACUGGUGUCUGCUAGCGGGGCCGUUCUGGUAGACUCGAGUGAUUUCCCGGCGGCGGUCGGGAAUGGGACGUACCUGGUUGGAUAUCCCAUGGCAAACUUGAAGACCUCGAUCGAAACGGCCGAGGAUCUUGAUCAGAUUCAGGUGAAGGUCGAUAUCAUCGGAACGCAAUUUGGGGUGAAACCGCCGGGAGUGCCGAUGCCAAAGACAAUUAGACUUGAAAAUGAUGGGUAUAGAUGUCCGGCACCGCGUCGUCGUGGGCCUAGCUCGAUGCUAGUAUGCUGUACAAAGGAUCCAAAAUACAAGGCCAAAAAACUAAAAAAGACGAAAUUCUUGCCUCGUCAGGAUGGCGACCUCUCUUUGACAUACGACGUGCUCCAAGCCUAUCCAAUGAACUAUCUAGCCCAAGUGACCAUCGAUAACAAUCACCCCUUAGGCCGUCUUGAUCACUGGAACUUGACCUGGGAGUGGAUGCGAGGAGAGUUCAUUUCCACUAUGAGAGGAGCCUACACUCACAAAAAGGACGGUUCCGGCUGCAUCUAUGGUCCUGCAGGCGUUUACUAUUCAGAUCUCGACUUCUCUCAAGUCAUGAACUGUGAUAAAAAGCCAGUCAUUACUGAUCUCCCUCCCUAUCUUGCAAAUGAUACCCAAGUUGGGAAGUUACCUUAUUGCUGCAGAAAUGGCACCAUCUUGCCAAAACUAAUGGAUGAGAACAAAGCAAAGUCUAUUUUCCAAUUACAAGUUUAUAAGCUCCCUCCCGACUUGAACCGGACUGCUCUCAAUCCACCCCAGAAAUGGAGUAUCGUCGGAGUUGUUAAUCCUCACUAUAAGUGUGGCCCUCCAAUUAGGGUUGAUCCAACAGAGUUUCCUGACCCAAGUGGCAUUCAGGCUACGAUUUCUGCAAUUGCAAGUUGGCAAGUGGUAUGCAACAUUACACGUCCAAAGGUUAAGCAAGCUCGAUGUUGUGUUUCGUUUUCCGCAUACUACAAUGCCAGUGUCAUUCCUUGCAACACUUGCGCCUGCGGUUGUAAGGAAUCAGACACUUGCAAUCAGAAUGCCCGCGCAAUGUUUCUCCCUGCAGAGGCCCUCCUCGUGCCUUUUGCAAACAGAACGGAGAAAGCAAAAGCCUGGGCUAAAAUCAAACACUAUCCUGUACCAAACCCAUUACCUUGUCCGGAUAACUGCGGGGUUAGCAUCAAUUGGCAUAUUGACACCGACUACAGGAAUGGAUGGACAGCUCGAGUUACACUCUUCAACUGGGACGACACCCCUUUUGAGGACUGGUACACUGCGAUUCAAAUGAAGAAGGCCGCCUUUCCUGGUUUCGAAAAGGUCUACUCCUUCAACGGCACCAGUCUGCCAGAUAUCAACAAUACCAUCUUCUUUCAAGGCUUACAGGGUUUGAGUUUCUUGAUGGGAGAGACAAAUGGGACUAAAAUGAAUGAGCCAAGAGUGCCCGGAAAGCAGCAAUCAGUGAUAUCAUUCUCAAAGAAACACACGCCGGGUUUAGAUAUCCAACGUGGUGAUGGAUUCCCGUCAAGAGUGCUUUUCAAUGGGGAAGAAUGUGCGCUUCCCCUCGAAUUUCCCCGGCCAGGAAAUGCAGGGCAUCAGUCUCGUGUUCACUUCCUGGCUGUAAUAUUCAUCACCGUCACCACUUUUAUGCUGAUGACAGAUCGCUUCCAUAUAUGAUCGUUCCGGGUUUUUUCAUUAACUCUUUCCACCUAGUUGGGAGAUACGUCCGUCCUUGGGAGAGAAUUUCGGUUUCUUGGAUUCAGUUAAACACAAUCAAUAACUCGAUCCAUGCAAUUAAUUGCUA